GUUUCCCGGGCCGAACCGGGCUGUGGGGGGCGCGGGGCCUGGGCCGGGGCUGUAGCUAAAGGCCUGCGUGACAGUAUGGGUGAAGGGAAGUGGGGUGGGGAAGGUCUUGGGCCGCUUUGGCCUGUGGGGACGGCUGGUGGGCUGGCGGGCUGGAGUCCUGGGUCCAGGCCGGGGAUCUGACCCUGGUUGGUGUUCCACUACCCUCCCCCACCCCGAACCCGCAGCGCGCCGGUCCUGUCCUCGCCAUGAGGCCGCAGCAGGCGCCGGUGUCUGGGAAGGUAUUCAUUCAGCGUGACUACAGCAGUGGCACACGGUGCCAGUUCCAGACCAAGUUCCCCGCGGAGCUGGAGAACCGGAUUGAUAGACAGCAGUUUGAAGAAACAGUUCGAACUCUGAAUAACCUGUAUGCAGAAGCAGAGAAGCUUGGAGGCCAAUCCUAUCUUGAAGGCUGUUUGGCUUGUUUAACAGCAUACACCAUCUUCUUAUGCAUGGAAACUCAUUAUGAGAAGGUUCUGAAGAAAGUGUCCAAAUACAUUCAAGAGCAGAAUGAGAAGAUAUAUGCUCCCCAAGGCCUCCUCCUGACAGAUCCCAUUGAGAGAGGACUUCGAGUUUUUAGAUUGAAAUCACCAUUUAUGAAGACAGAGGCAUGAGCAGUGGAAGAUAAACCAUAUAAUUAAAGAUCCCACCUCCAGCUGGGACCCUCAUCUAUCCACUGGCCGAUCGCAGAGUGUCCCCUACCUCCUCUCCAGAGCAUCAUUCCUUUGUAUCUGCUGCCAGAGCCACGGUGCCAUUUACUCCAAGGACUAACUUUCUAAGAUUCCACACCUGGAGUGACCUCUAGUCGCUCAGCAUCCACUUUGUGUCUCCAAAUUGUGUAGGACUCUGUAAUCUUUUGAUUAGUUUCUGAGAAAACACAAUGAAGCAUUUCACUUUUUUUAUUCAAAGCCAUUAAUAAAAUAGGCCGUUGGUUAGCCCAACACAAAGUUUCUUUCUUAUCUGCCACCAGUACCAGUGGUUCUCUUCAUUCCUUGGGCCAGCUUCCCAGGUGGCUCUCGACUUUCAGUCACAUCUCAGCCAGUGUUCAGUCUUAUUUCCCUCAAAUUCAUAAAAUGCUUUUCUCCAGGAUUUUGGUGAAAGGUAGGCUGUGUCUGUGGUUUUGCUAAUGCAUCUCCCAGAUUUCAAAGAACUACCAGUUUUGCCAUGACUAAAAUCUUAAAGAUCUGUUUCUGCUGUUCAGAUUCUUAAACUGAAACUCAUUGGAAAAAUAAUGUAUGAUGUUAUUUGUUUUAUGAUAGUAAUUAUUCCUAAUUAAAGCAGUAUUUAAUGCAAUUUCCAGUUAUUUUUCUUUGGAGAAUUUUGUUAUUAUUGCAUUACCUUGAAUGUUGGGAAGAUGUAGUAUGUGUUGCGUGUUCCUUACAAAAAUAAGUAAGCACAAUAAAGUGGAUGCUAAACCAUCAAACAUAAAUGUCCCUGCUGUGUCCCUGAAUGUGUAAUAAGCAAGUAUAAUAAAUAUUUUAAUUAUAGUUUUGUUAUAAAUAUAACUUAUGAGAAAAGAAAUUUGAUAGGAAUAAUACUGUAUAUUGCUAAUUUUUAACUGUCCCUACUGGCAAACCUUAUGAUUCAUAAACUUUCCUCAUAUACAGUAUUCAGUGCACAGAAAUCUUAUGAUUGGUUCAAAUACAGUAAGUUAAAUGAUUUCCAACUAAAACUCUCAAGUCUGAGUCAGUGUUUCAAGUUCUUUUGGCUGUAUGUUCUUAGUAUCAAGGUUUCUUACGCCCUUCCUUCAUCUUUGGGGUUUGAGAGCACUGUUUUUGGGAGAAAGUUCAGAAAUGUAUUAGAGAAUGAAACAGUUAAAAGUUUUACUUUCAGAGAUACUGUAGGUGCUAAUACUGGAUUUAAUCUUUCAGAUUUAGUUUCUUUUAUGGAUCUGUUAGUUAUUCAGUAAAUCUCAUCAGUCUGUGUAAUAUUUUAAUUGUAUAAAAUUCCUUUGUUACUUUAGAGCCUGUAAUAGUGUGUCUGUCUGCCUUUUAAACCUGUUGCAAUAACUUUGCUGAAAUAAGAACACAUUAGUAAAACUUUUCUUAAACAAA